AUGAGGUUCCCGUCAGUGACAGUCCCCAGAGGACUUCUGCUUCCCUUUCUCGUCGUCACUCUCUUCGUUACCCAACUUGGACUCUCUUUGAGCGACCUGCCGUCCGUCAAGUUAAUGCAGGACAUUGUCUGCAAGCGCCACUACAAUGUGACGACUGACGAGCUGCUCCCGGAAGAAGAUUGUCGCAUGCAGGCUGUGCAGCAGGAGCUCAACGUCAUCUUCAUGGGCAUUCUGGUUUCAGCUACGCUUGGAGGUGCGCUCGUCUCAUUCCCGUUGGGCGUCCUUGCAGACAGGGUCGGCCGCGUCCCUGUUCUCACCAUGAGUAUCCUCAGCAUGUGUCUCUCGCAGGCCUACGUCAUGUACGUCUGCUGGCAGUGGAAAUCUCUACCUUCCAGAGCAGUCUGGGGUCUCGGGGUGCUUCUGUUACUCGGAGGUGGCCGAAGUGUUGCGGAGGCCAUGGUCUUCACUAUCCUCUCAGAUGUGGUGCCUGGUGCCAAAAGGGCAAAUUGGUUUCAAUGUGUUGUUGCCGCUAUCCUCUCUGCACAGUUACUGGGUCCUGUCAUAGCAGGAAGAAUCAUACCAUCCUCGAUAUGGACGCCGCUGUUCCUCUCACUGGGGCUUGUGUUUGCUGGAGGAUUCACCCUCGCCAUUUUCACGCCAGAGACAUUGCCCCCUAAACUGGACAAAGGGCCUUUCAACCCCGGGGGUUCGAAAGCGACCUCUUCUACACUACAAACCCUCAAACUUGUCUUCUCAGCACCGACUAUAUGGUAUAUCCCUGGGGCGGCGUUGACAAUACCGCUCGCAACCAUACAGUCGGAUCUCCUUUUACGCCUGAUGCCGAUCCAGUUUGACUGGUCCCUUCGCCAUUCUGCGAUUCUGAUAUCUCUGAGGAGUUUAAUUACCCUCAUCACGCUGUGUCUAGUACUUCCCGGGAUCACCGUUCUCUGCAACAAGUUCGCCAGCGGCAAGUCACAUCGCCUUGAUCAUGUGCUCGCCCGCGGCAGCGCCCUGCUAUUUGUUGCCGGAUCUCUGUGCCUGAUGAUGAUCACCAACGAAACAUUAAUCAUCGCGGGUCUCACCAUUUCGGCACUGGGGUCGGGCUUACCCACGCUCUGCAGAGCAAUGCUGGUGAGCUCUUUGAGAGGCGAGAGAACCGGGAGUAUUUUCGGCAUGUUGGCUGUGGGAGAGGUGAUGGGGUUCCUAGCUUUCGAGCUGAGCAUGGGGACUCUAUUUGGCGUUGGGCUUCGGACGUGGAUGGCGUUGCCGUUCUGCCUGGGGAUGGUCUUUGCGUUGGGGAUUAGCCUGACGACGUGGAGGGCUCCGGUUCCGCAACUGAAGAGCAUGAGGAGCUAGGGACAUGAGACAUGACAAUAUAUUUAGAGUCCCAAAGGAAUACGCUUCUCUCUUUGGCGUUAUACCACCACUUGGACACGGAGAGUCGCAACU